AUGGUGGACGAGGUGGACUUCUUAGUGACGAAGGGCCAGACCAGAGCGGACAUGCGCCUUUCCAUGCGAAGCAGCAGCAGCAGCAGCAGCAGCAGCAGCAGCAGCUCGCAGCAGCAGCAGCACGACGCCCUCUUAGCCCUCGCACUAGCAGCUACUCACCCGCAGUCUCGCAUUAUUGUCGUCGGGGGGGGGCCCCCAGGGGCCCCCAGGGGGGCCCCCAGGGGGGCCCCCAGCCGAGCCAUCGAAGAGAAGCUGACAGAGCUGCAGGCAGACGCUGCUGCUGCUGCUCCUGCUGCUGCAACAGCAGAUCAUGAUGCUGCUGCUGCAUCCUGCUGCGGGUCUCCUCUAGUGCGGGAGAAGAGGCGCCAGCCCUUCGAAGCGCAGCAGCAGGCAGAAGACAGCAGCAGCAGCAGCAGCAACAGCAGCAGCAGCGCCGCUGGCCUCCAAGGCUCCCCCGAUCCUCUUCAGCAGCAGCAGCAGCAGCAGCAGGAAGAUGUGCAGCAGGAGGUCGAAGUGUUCAGCCCAGCGUCUCCAUGGUCUGCUGAGGGUUCUCCCCGGGGGCCCCCAAAAGCUUCCCAUGGGGGUCCCCUGGGGGCCCCCGGUUUAGCUGUGAGGGGUGGAGGGGGGCUGGACUGCGAUGCGCUCACUCACUACACCUGCUCUACACCUGCUGCUUCUGCUGCUGCUGCUGCUUCUGCUGCUGCUGCUGCUGCAGAAGACCACCCGUCGAGCAGCACCCCAGGGACUCCAGGUUUUGCUGCUCCUGAGUUGGAGGGCAACGCGAGGACUCCGCAGAGCCUCUGCAGCACAGCGCCUUCUCCUGCUGCUGCUGCUGCUGCUGCUGUGUCUCUGACUCCUGCUGCAGCAGCAAAGGAGCAGCUGCGCAGGAUACGCGCCAAGGCGGGCGAGGAGUCCCCGGGCGCCAGCAGCAGCAGCAGCAGCAGCAGCAGCAGCGACUCUGCAGAGAACAGCUGCCGCGUUCGGAAGCAGCAGCAGCAGCACGCAGAGACAGCAGCUGCAGCAGCAGCAGCUCCCAGACCCUCCGAAAGGGCCUCGCGGGCCUCAGGGGCCCCCGUUCUUUGA